AAUCCUGGUUGUGUGAAGUGGAGGUCUUUCUUUGGACGAUUCACAUUGCUUAAAGUUUAUUGGUCAAAAUGCAUCGGCACCCCUCUCUCGCAUCACGAAUAGUCAGGGCAUACACCUCGCAGAAACUGCCGAGCCAUCAAUAUGGACCAAGACCAGCCCUGCAAUCCUGGUCAAGUCAACGUAUAGCUUUCAUGUACAGCCGCUGCCAGCACACUUCACGAAAGCAACAAUCUCUGCCUGCAGCCUACUAUCGCGGUGGGACCUCUCGCGCCGUCUUCUUCCGCGAGGAAGACCUGCCCACAGACAGAGAUGAUUGGAACCAGCCAUUCCUGGGUGUGAUAGGAAGUCCCGACGCUCACGGGCGGCAGCUUGACGGCAUGGGCGGUGGCAUCUCGAAUCUGUCCAAAGUUUGCGUGGUGGGUCGCUCCAGGCGCGAUGAUGCGGAUGUGGACUAUACGUUCGCGUCGCUGGGCAUCAAGAACGAGCAUGUCGAUUAUUCGAGCAAUUGCGGUAACAUGUCAGCUGCCGUUGGCCCGUUUGCCGUUGACUCCGGACUGUUCGCAGUGCCGGCAGAGGGGGAGCAGGAAGUGACGGUCAGGAUCCAUAACACCAACACUAGCAAAAUCAUCAACGCCGUGUUCCCUGUCAUCGACGGUGAGGCAGCGGCCUAUGGCGAAUUUGUCAUUGAUGGGGUCUCGGGUUCGGCAGCGCCUAUCCGACUAGAUUUCAUCAAACCCGCAGGAUCCCGCACGGGGAAGCUUCUACCUUCUGGCAAUGUGGUAGAUGAGUUCGAGGGUGUCCAGACGACUUGUAUCGACGUAGCUAAUCCAUGUUGUUUCGUCCUUGCCUCAGACCUGGGAGUACCAGGCGACUUGACGCCGCAGCAGAUGGAAGAUCACCCUACACUACUUCCGGUGUUGGAUAAGAUCCGACGACAGGUGGGCGUCAUGAUGGGAUUAGCACCAUCCCUAGAGGAAGUGCCUGGCAGCGUGCCAAAGAUCGCUCUCGUUUCCCCAGAUUCUGCAUCAACCAAGGGCUUGACAGUUCGUGCUCUUUCGGUGGGACAGCCUCACAAGGCUAUUCCUGUCACAGUAGCGCUUGCAGUGGCGGCAGCAGCGAAGUUACCUGGUAGCACGGUAUCGACAUGCCUGCAAUCCACCGGAGAUGGUUUGGUAAUCAAACAUGCGAGCGGUACUUUGAAGGUAGAUGCCAAGUAUGACAAAGAUGGCGAUUGCGAGCGGGCUACUGUUUUCCGCACUGCAAGACGGUUGAUGGAAGGCAAGAUAUAUUGGAAAUAAUAGCGAUCAAUGGAUUCUCCAACGUUCGCGAACUACGCACCUGAUGAACACUAUCUGCGCAAUCAAUUCUUAACGAUGAAAACAGACCUUUACAUGAUACUUUUAUAGUAUCAAAGUCCCAAAUCGUAUUUUGAAAUGUAACAUUUAUCUUGAAGCAGCAUAACUAUCUAAGGGGUAUAUAAACGAGAAUAGAAUACGAUCUAAACCUCCUAGCCUCCUAAAACA